CCCUGCGGAGGGGCCGGCGUACGGCAGAGCGGGGCUGAGCCCGCGCCCGCCCGGGGCAGCUGCCCGCGGCGGUGCGUGAGGGGAGCGGCGGGAAGGCGGUGAGGCCGCGCCGGGCCGCCGCGGCCAUGCUGGCGCGGGGGGCCGCGGUGAGGGGAGGCGGCCUGCUGCGGCGGGCAGGGGCGCCGGGCCGCGGGCUGCGCACCUCGCCGGCGGCGCGGGGCGGCAUGCCGUCCUGGGUCAUUGACCGGUACGGGCGCAACGAGGUGCUGCGCUUCGCCAGGAACAUGGCGCUGCCUGCCAUCCGCUUCCCCAACGAGGUGGUGAUUAAAGUGCACGCCGCCAGCCUGAACCCCAUAGACCUUAGCAUGAGAAGUGGUUAUGGUGCCACUGCAUUAAAUAUGAAGCGAGAUCCCCUGAAACUGAAUAGCGAGGAGAAUGAAUUUCCACUAACGCUUGGUCGAGAUGUCUCCGGUGUAGUUAUGGAAUGCGGACUAAGUGUGUCUUAUUUCAAACCUGGAGAUGAGGUAUGGGCAGCAAUUCCUCCAUGGAAACAAGGCACUUUGUCUGAGUUUGUUGUAGCUAGUGGAAAUGAGGUGUCUUUUAAGCCCAAGUGUCUCAGUCAUACAGAAGCAGCCUCCUUACCGUAUGUAGGUCUCACCGCAUGGUCUGCAAUUAACAAAGUUGGAGGACUGAACCAGAAAAAUUGUGGUGGGAAAAGACUAUUAAUAUUAGGAGCUUCAGGAGGAGUUGGUACGUUUGCUGUACAGCUAGGGAAGGCCUGGGGUGCUCAUGUGACAGCAGUUUGUUCUAGUGAUGCCAGCACUCUGAUGAAAGAGCUUGGAGCAGAUGAUGUGAUUGAUUACAAAUCUGGAAAUUUGGAAGAACAGCUUAAAAUAUUACCCUUAUUUGAUUUCAUCCUAGAUAAUGUUGGUGGAGCCACUGAGAAGUGGGCUCUAGAUCUCCUGAAGAAAUGGUCAGGAGCAACAUAUGUUACAUUAGUAACACCUUUCUUAAUCAACAUGGACAGACUUGGAGUGGCUGAUGGCAUGCUACAAACAGGAGUCACUAUUGGUUCCAAAACUUUAAAGCAUCUAUGUAAAGGAGUCCAUUAUCGGUGGGCAUUUUUUAUGCCCAGUGGCCCAUGUUUGGAUGAAAUAGCAGAACUGGUUAAUUCUGGAAAGGUUCUCUUGAACAUUAGUGCUGACAUCAGAGAUGGAGGAAAGAGGAGGCUUUGUCUGCAAUGUUCUCCCACCUGUUCCUAAGGGCUCCUACCCUUUCCAGCUCCCAGCGGAGGUUUGUUCUUGUAUGUAGCAUCUCUUCAGUUUCACCCAUAUUACCUUCCCGAAUGCAUCUGGUACACUAGAAUACAUUACAUUCUGGCUCCUGUAUAAGAACUGCUCAUCACCUAUUGAUCUUCUCACAAUAUCACUAUAUAUACACACUAGAGGCAGCCAAAUCUGCACUGUAGGCUAAUUAUUUGAAAAUUCAAGGAAAAACAGUAUGAAUUACAGGGCUACAGUAAAACAAACAGCUAUGUAGAAAAUAAAUCUGGAGAAGUUCUUUCACCAAGCUGAAAAAGGAUUGACAAAAAGACGUUCAGUAUUAUUGGCACAAGUUUAGCACAACUGAAAUGUUGAAACUGAAAAUACAGAUAAAGAAAAGACAUUUCAAAACAUGCAAUGCCUAUGAUUUUGAUCACUAUUAAAUAUAAGCAUGAAGAGCUACUAAGCAAACAGGAAAUGAUAAAUUGUACAACACAGUUGCUUUCAGUACUUGCUUAAACUUGUAAAGGGUGUUACCUGUUGCUACUUAAUACUUCCAUUUUCUGCCAUUUACAAUACUGCCAAUUUGGAAGUAAAGAUGAAAAUUAUAUUUAAGAAAGGCAGGCCUCUCAUUUUCAAAGAGUCUGCAUUGCUUUCCUCCCCCCUACUCCCCCCGCAAUAUGGUAGAAAAAUAAUUAUAGCCUGGAUUUUGGGCUUGGCUAUUUCUGAAGAAUGCGAAGAGCAAAGCAUUUACCCAUUUUUUGUAAAAGAAGGCAACCCUCGCCACCUUUAGCUAUAUUUUUCAAGAUCUAUUUACACUGGAUUUAGCAAAGGCAUUAAAGUAUUGCUUGGAAACGUUCCUCAGAAGAAUAAUAACUGAAAAUUUUAUGCAGCUAGCUCUCAAUUACCCACAAAUGGACUACUCAUUCCCCAAAUGCAGAGCUGGGCUGUCUUCAGCACAGAAUUUAAGAGACACAGUUUAGCUCAGAACUUGUUCAGGGAUAUCUGUGGUCUAGAAUAGCAGCCUUUCUUUUGAUACAUCCUUUAUAUUGCACAGAAGCAAAUUAAUUACAUGAGAAAUACAGCUCAUAUGUUACCAGUUAUUUCUACAACUGCUUACCCCAGACGCCAGUACUUAAAGAAAUGUUAUGAAAGGUUCAGGGAUUCUUCACAUUUUAAUUUUUUUUAAAUUAAGUAUUUUCAGUAUGAUACGAGGAAUUAACAUCUUUAAAAAACUAGAAGGCAAAGUUAAAGGGGCAGUGGCAGAGCCUGUGGGACAAGGGCUUUGUUUUUAAUAAUUUCUACCCACCUUUACCGUAAGAGUGUUAGAGAAAAGUCACUCAAUUAUUAAAACACACAGACUAGAGCAGGAUUCCUAUCUCAGCUGCAACAGUCACAUUUACUGGAACAGCUACACAGUGGGUGUGAUAGGUAGCCCACAAUCUGCUUCCCAACCUUAGGAUGCGACUCUUUCCCAUGCACCUCCCUUGUGCAUCGGAGAAGACUAAGAGGGCACAGCAGCUACAAAGGGCACCAGGCUGGUAGGGACGGGGGAGAAGAGCUGUCACAGCACAUUCAAAUACAAUUAAAGGCACUCCUUAGGAAUGCACUGUGAGCUUGAUUCUGCAGUCUUUAUCCAGACAAAACUUGCACAGAUAUCACACAGAUAACACACAGGAAAGAUUUUGGGUGUGGUUAGGUAGGGCAGCACUUUCAGCGAGUUACCUGCCUACCAGGUAGUGAGAGAAACUACGUCUUGCACUUUCAAUUCUACUACUUCAAGUAAUUUUGUAUACUUGGGGCCAUGAUAGCCAAUAUUUCCAAAAUAUUUUGAUACAGGCCACAAUGCCAUGAAACUUGAUCUGUAACCGAUGUGCAGAACAAAUCGAACAUCUAAAUCUACCAGCUUACCAACUGCAUGUGACAACACACGUGACAAAACUUUGAUUGACCACUCUCAUUUAUGGGAUUUUUUUUUUUACAAUGGGAACCCCAUUGGAAAAAAAAAAAAAAAGUAUUACUAUUAAACUAUUAACCUAUGGAAUUCACUGUAAAAGUAAUGUUACCUUUUGGAACAAUUCAAUUAAGGACAUGAAUAGUGAAAAAACACUGUGAAAAAACACUGUCCAAAAGGUGAGCUAAGAACACAUGCCGAUUUACUGCCUUAAAUUCUGUUUAGCAUCAGAAUUUACUAGUAAGCAUAAGAAGCAUUAUCGCCAUUUUACAGGCACACAACUGAGCAAAAGGGCUAACGAUUUUGUCUCUGAUCAAACACAAGACGCCUCAGUCAAAACUGGAAACUAGUUCCAUAACAAUUUUGCUGUUAAGAUGUUUAAAAAAAGAGAGAGAGAAAAGAAAAGAAAACUGAGCAAUAAAAGCAUGCCAUUUUUACCUCUCUGAUGACAUGUCAACUCAUAUACUUUCAUACUUUGUAAAUCAAUUAGCCAGCACUUCCUGGGAACAUCUGAUCUCAUUAUGAGAAGAAAACCGAUUUACUGCACAUAUUCACAAAAACAAUGAGCUGUACUUUGCACACUGUGCAGUCAAGGGCGGAAAAUUUUAUCUGAAGACUUUCCACAUAGAUAUUAGAAGUCAGAGAGCAGGAAAAAUUGCAAGGAAAAAAAGAGCAGGAAAACAUUUGCAAAAACUACUAUAUUCUAAAAAUCAUAACAGCAAGUUUAAAAUUAAAUAGCAGUUAAAAAUAUCACUUACACUCCACUUAGCACAUUUAUAGACUGUGUCCUCAGCCCGUAUCCAGUGUCUUUCAAAUUGGAAAUAAUUCCUAACACAUUAAUAUUGGAACCCUUUGAUCCAAAGUCUUUUUCACUGUACAUUAUCAUAUGGGAAUUUGUGAAGUCCUGUUAAAACAAAGAGAAGCAACAUAAGGAAAAUGUAACAUGAUGUCUCAGUGUGCUCAGAAGAUACCUACUACAUGUUCUUGGAACUUACACCAGUAACAGGCCGCAGUGAUUGCAGUUCUUCAUCAUAACCACCCCAGUCCAUCCAAUCCUGAUAAGAUCCCUCUUCCAGCAAGUACUGAUGGCCUUCAAACCUGGGCUUCUCAUAAGCAACCCACCUAAACAACAACAACAGAGCCUCUGUGUGAAAAUGGACACCUGCUGAUAUGGAGCAUACACAGAUGGGUCAAAUUUGUUCUUUCUUCACACCACUUUUUUUCUAAAUACAGGAAUCUCCUAAAGACUUUUCCCAUUGAUGUUAAAUUAACUACAUAUAUUUUCAAGUCUAAUAAAAUCUUUGCUAAUUUUACCAGAAGUAAGCAAAGUAAAGACAGCUGCAUUGUGAUGACUACUCUGGUUUGACACAGUGUGGUGAGGUGGAGAGAGGGCAUGAAAAACAGAAAACCUUUCCUAGUUUGUUAUGUAUGGAUGCAAGACUUCAAGUGAAUUUGAGAAGCCUUCUGUACUUCUCUAACCAAAGCCAGAUGAAAUUCGGUGACCAUUCUAUGCCUUGCGUUUAAAAGAACUACGUUAACUAGGGAACCAGCACUAAGCCAAGCGAGAGGGGCGUUAGCCAAGUUAGGUAGCUGUAGAGGCUUGGCAGCCUUUCUAUCCCUCCAUCCAGUAUUGUGAAACCACGAUGAUACUGAGUAUUGUCCAGAAUGCAGCCUUUGCUGUGAAUAUGUGUUGAUUUAACCCAGACAUGUAUCUAAAAUCAAAAACUAGGAAGAUGUGGAUAAUAACUGGGCACUGAAAUUUAUUCACUACAAUUUCCAACCUGCAGAGUUACUGUAUCUACUGAAGGACAAAUAUUACUGAUGUUUUCCCAUACUUACACUCCUCCCAAGACUUUCAUGGAUCCCACUGAUGCAAGCGGAAGCACUGUCUUCUCUUUCAAUUCUUUGUCAUUGAGCAUAAAUAUUUCUGAUUCUAUCUCCACAUGCCUCCCUUCAAAGAAAGGCUUCUCAUAAAUGAUUACCUGUGGCAGAAAUGAAGUAAAAUAAAAGGUUGUAGAUGGCAUGAUAAACACACCCUGACAGCAGCCAGUUUCUUUUGCAUGGGCACAUAAAGAAGCCAAGAUUAUGAAACUAACUAGUGAGAUCUCUCUACUUUCUUCAAGAGGUUACAGAUACAACAUGAGGACUUGAAUAUCACUACCCAUCUGCACUACCCAGACGGCUGUUAAUACUGUCAUAUGCACAUGUGAUUGAUGCACAGGUAUGCCAGAAAUUGCAGUCGCAUGGUGCAAUCACAUACUGGAGGAUCGGGCACUAAAUUAUCAGUAGGCUGGAUACCACCAUGAUAAAUAUGUCUACCCACGUGUAGUUCAUGUGUCAUAAAGUGGACAAUCAAAUAAACAGAUUUUUACCUUUG